AUGAUGGUCGAUGGUCACUUAUCUUCACGUGAUUUCUCUUUGACACUUUUCAAUGACACAUCAUAUCUCAAAGGUUAUCAUGAAUUAUUACGCAAAUUUUUAUUCCGUUCAACACACACAUUACCUGCACUUGGUCUCGCUAUACUAGAAGCUCUACCAAAUAAAUAUAAUAAACGCUUCCAUCACUUGGCUCAUAAGUUCUACGAUGAAAUUCAAGUUUUAUUAGGUAACGAUGGAGUUUUAUUUCUUCCCACGUUUCCUCAAUCUGCACCAUAUCAUGCUUGGCCAUUACUAAUGAACACAUUUGAUUAUAUUUAUUGUGGAAUCAUCAAUGCAUUAGGUUUACCAUCAACUCAAUGUCCACUUGGAUUAGACACUCAACGAUUACCCUUGGGUAUUCAAUGUAUUGCUGGUCGUGGACAUGAUCAAUUGACAUUAGCUAUCGCACAAGAAAUUGAGCGUGCACAACAAGGUGGAUGGGUAUCACCAUCAUCAUUACCAACUUCUACAUAA